AUGGACGAGAUCACGGCUCUCAAAUCAUGGGAACUCGAUAACAAUGUAAAACUCAUCGACCCGAAGAGAGAUGCCCUGUACCAAUACGAUGCACAAGCACAAAAGGCGGCGCAAGCAUCGCGGCCGUGGGUGGCUGACCCCAACUAUUUCAAGCACGUCCGCAUCAGCGCCGUGGCCCUCAUCAAAAUGACUAUGCAUGCGCGCUCGGGAGGCAAUCUCGAAGUCAUGGGUCUGAUGCAAGGCUACACCGAAGGCGACACGUUUGUCAUCACCGACGCGUUCCGACUACCUGUCGAGGGCACCGAGACUCGCGUCAACGCCCAGGACGAAGCGAACGAAUACAUUGUCGAGUACCUGGAUCUCUGCCGCGCCCAGGGCCGUCAAGAAAACGUCGUGGGGUGGUACCACAGUCAUCCCGGGUACGGAUGCUGGCUGAGCGGUAUCGACGUCGAUACCGAGGCCCUACAGCAGCAGUUCCAGGACCCGUUCCUCGCCGUCGUCGUCGACCCCGACCGCACCAUCAGCGCCGGCAAGGUCGAUAUCGGGGCGUUCCGCACCUACCCAGAGUCCUACAAGGCCGGCGACGACGGCGCCAGCGGUACCGCCAACGCUACGGGCGCGGACGGCUUCGAGGCGGUACCGCUGGACAAGGCCGCCGAGUUCGGCACGCACGCGAGCCGGUACUACAGCCUGGAGGUGUCGCACUUCAAGAGCUCGCUGGACGCGCACCUGCUGGAGCUGCUGUGGCACAAGUACUGGGUGCAGACGCUGAGCCAGAACCCCCUGCUGGCGAACCGCGACUUCGCGAACAAGCAGAUGCUGGACCUCGCGUCCAAGAUCAGGGAGGCGACUGCGGGUGUUAGAAGGACCCGGGGCGCGCAGCUGAUGGGCAUGGGCGGGACGAUCACGGGGUCCAAGGCGACCGACGCGGCGAUGCAGAAGCUGUCGAGCGAGGCGAGCAUGAUUGCGGCCAAGGAAAGGGCGGGGUUGCUGGCGGCGGGUGUCAAGGCAUCGCUCUUCAAUGACUUGGGGGAUCACAAUAGGACAUGA